GUUGACGAUCUUCCCUAGAGAGCGCAAUACACGGCACGCAACGAAAAUUGUGUACCGAAUUUCAAGAACGCAAUCCAAGAGUAGCUUUUUUGUGUUUUGUUUGUGUGAUAGUUUAUGUAAAACUGAAAAUACAAAGUGAAAAAAAAAAACAUAAAUAAACACUUAUAGUAUUAUGCCAAGUGAUAUAAAUAAUUUUUUCGAAUAUAAUUAAAAAUUAAAAAACAUUAAAGCUUUUAAACCUAUACAUACAAACAAUCUCAAAAAGCACUAAUAUGUCGAAGAAUAACGGAAAAGGCGAUAAAUGUGAGAACGAUUUUCCUCAACCGGCCCGAAAACAGACUUUUUCCGAGAUGAUUUAUGAUCCCCGGGAUGGUUCCUUUUUUGGCCGUACUGGAAAGAGCUGGGGCCAACUUUUUUUAUUUUAUGCCAUCUUUUAUAUUAUACUUGCAAUUCUAUUUGCAAUUUGCAUGCAGGGCUUGCUAGCCUCAGUUGAUGAUUAUAAGCCAAAAUGGCAACUUGAAGAGUCUUUGAUAGGCACAAAUCCCGGCUUAGGAUUCCGUCCACUUAGUGAACAGACCGAACGAGGUUCAGUUAUUGAGUUUGACAAUAAGAAGCCCGCUGAGAUUAAGUACUGGACUGGCUUGCUUGAUGAUUUUCUUAAAGAUUAUAAGCAAACUGAAGGACGCAAGAUGAAACACUGCGACUACAAUCAAAGCCGUAACCCUAACGACGUAUGUGUUGUCGAUGAAAAUCAAUUUGGACCAUGUUCCUCUGCAAAUGGCUAUGGUUAUAGGGUAGGAAAGCCCUGCAUAUUCCUUAAAUUGAACAAGAUUUAUGGCUGGGUUCCCGAAAUCUAUGAUACACCCGCACUUAAUAUGCCGGACGAUCUUCAACAUCUUUUUAACCAAACUAGUGAGGUUGAACGUCAGAAAAUUUGGGUAUCCUGCAAUGGCCACUACGGCAAGGAUAAGGAGCAAUUUCAGAAUAUAAGUUAUUAUCCAAGUCAGGGUAUUCCAACAUAUUAUUAUCCGUAUUUGAAUCAACCUGGCUACUUAAGUCCCAUUGUUGCUGUACAAUUCAAUAGUCCACCCAUCGGCUCAAUGUUGGAUGUAGAGUGUCGCGCUUGGGCUAAAAAUAUCAUUUAUAGUGGAAGUAUACGUGAUCGCAUGGGAUCGGUAACUUUUCAAUUUUUAAUGGAUUAGGAUACCAACAAUAAAACCAUCAUGUGAUCGCAGCAAACAACGCAAGCCUUAUGAGAUCUGAAUCCUUACCAUCGAUUAAUAAAUCAAAUUCUUUAUCUAAAUACUUAAAUAAAGUUUCAAGAUUAAAAUAUGUUGUGUAUAUUUACAUAAAAAGAAUGUUACAAGUGUCAAUAGUUAUACAAAUCUGCCGAUAAAUAAAAUGUGAAGUUAUAA